AUGGACAAGCAACAUACUAAUACAGAAAAUAGUAAUUAGAAUACGUUGAAUAGCAACAUGGCUAAAAUAAAUUAGGCUUAAUUCUCAUCAAUACGCCCAUAUUAGAAAUUAAGUAGAAAUUAGUAAAUAAGAAACCAAAGCGAUUUAGUUUAGUUUGAGUCACCACCUGCUUUCACUGAUUAUUCUCACAAAUCAAAUGGAAUAUCACCUUUCAUGUCCAAUAAUUAAAAUGCUUCUAACUAGUAAAAUGAAAAAAAAUAAGUUUCUCUGAAUUUAAACAAUUAGAUUUUGCAAGAUGUUAGUAACAAAUCAUCAAAUAAGGUAACAUUUCUUUUUUAGCAACAAUUUGAAUUUAAAAAAGACUUUCUUACUUUCUAAAAUAUGCAGUCACCAAGAUACAACUCUCAAACUGCCCCUUCUAGUCCAAUAAAGCCAAUCUUAGUGAAGAAAACUUAACCAAAAAGAUCUAUUGUAGAGUUCAACGUAACCAUGAAUAAGUUAGAAGAAAAAGAUAUUGCUAAUGAAAAUGAUUUAUCUGGAGUGCAUUUUUCAAUAUCUUCAAACUAAGAUUUAGAUUAAUGUGCCUCAAGCAGGACAAAUACAACUCACAAAAAAUCUGCAUAAGAAACUGUAAACGAAAGUUUGUAUUAACUAAGAGAGGAAAUGAGACCUCCUCAAACCAAACCAAUCAUCUACCCUUCUUUAAUGGAAAAAGACAACUCACAUAUAAAAAUCACAAUCCCCUUUGAGACAAAAGAUAAGCCUUUUUAGAUAACUUGUGAUUCUCAUAGAAAUACAAAAGGAUCACCCAGAAAUACAAGAGAUUAAAAUGAUUCUUAGUUAGAGGAUAUUUAUCUGUUAGAGAGAUAUUCAUAAGAUAAUAGGCAUAUAAAUUAGCUCAACUUCAACAAUAAGUUUAAUUCAAAUUAAAAUGCUGGUUAGUAGAAUCUUGUUUAUCAUACAAAAAAUGAAAGAUAGGAAUAAGAUAGAAAGAGCAGUCUUAGUAAUAUUAGUAUGACAGCAAAAAACAAUACUAGCUAGCUUAUCUAGAAUUAUAGCUCGGAAGAAUUACAAUACAAAUUAAAUUACAGCUCUAGAUAUCUACCUUCAUCAAGAACAGAUAUAAAUGAAAAACAAACCACUUAAUUAGAUAAUUAAACCAAAAAGAAAAUAGAAUAAAAUACUCCGAAGUUUAACAGAAAUACUAAUUGUGACAGUGGAUAAAGAGGCAUCAGUAAUCCACAUAAAAUAAUGUCCAUAGCUCCAUAAACUUAAGAGUUUAACCAUAAUAAUAUGAAUUACUAAUAAGAGUUUUAUGAUUACAAUAGUAUUCCUUCUGCAUAAUAAUUGAAGAAUCGUUAAACUUCUCCUAAUAAUCCUUCAAACAAUAAUACAUCAGCCUAAAAAUAUCUUUUUGGUGCAGAUGAAAAUAGAUAAAAUAGUAAGAUUCUAAAUAAUAGAAACUCAAAUGCAAAUGAGCAAUUAACAAUUGAUGAUCUAGAUUUAAUGAGACAAUUUUAAAUAGAAGCUUAUAAUAAUUUUAUUAAUAAUCCAGCAGUUAAUAGCGGCAGCUAAAAGAAUGUUAUCGACUCUGCAAGAAAAAGAGAUUUCUCUCCUAAUACAAUUAUAACUAAUAACAUUGAGAAUAUAAACUUAAAUUCAACCAUAAACCAAAACAACAAUAGCUACAUAAGUAAUAGUAGAUAUUAAUAGCAAAAUCCGCAUUAACAUGAAAAAAGCAAUCCUAACUAUUUACCUACAAAUACCGAUGCUUAGUCUAUUUAUUCUGCCAACAUGUAAAAGUACUGUGAAGGGGAUAAUUUUAAUAGCAAUAAGGGACAACAACAACAACUACAACAAAAACCAUAGGAAUACGUUAACUGCUCUCCCAUUAAGGCUAACCAGAGUAAUUUGCAGUUCAUACACGAAAGGCUUGCUAGACAAAAAGAAGUUAUUAUGAAUAAUGCCAACUUCCAUUUAGAAAACUCAGGUAAUAUUAAAAAUAAGAGUUAGAGAAUGUCACCUCUUAAAGACCGUUUGCAAAUAAAUGUAGGAGAUAAUCACACAGAUAUCAGUCAUAUUUCAAACAAUAAAUCUGGUAAUAAAUUUAUGGAAUCAGCUUCAAUUCUAUCACCUCAAAAGAUGAAUCAAUCUAAAUUAAGUCCAAAAGACUAACUCCCAGAAUAUUUAAAAUUUUCUAAUCAGAAGUCUAAUAGAUCAUAAACUCCUAUUUCUUAACUUAAAAAGUGGAAGGAAUAAAAUAGUUCUAUUGGAGGAGAUAAUUCCUUAGGAGGAAUUAAGAAUUUACCUAAUCGAAGCAGCGCUAUUCAAAAAAUACAAAGUCCUCAAUCUUCAGCAUCAAAAAGAGACUUACUAGAAAAACUUUUAAAGAAAAGUCCGACUAGUUAAAUCCCUCAAUCUCACUCGGUCGCAGAAGAAAAUAACAUAUUAAUACCAAGUAUUCCUUCAGAAAAUGAGCUUAUCAAGCAUUAAAGAUAUAAAUCUAACUCUGAUCUCAUAAUAAAUGAGACCACUCCUAACACGAAAAUGCAAUAAAUUCUUUAUGGUCGAAACAAAGAAACUCUCACUCCCAAAUCAAAUUCAAUAACACCCACAAACAAGACCUUAAAUCUUACACCUAAAAAUGCUAGCAAUUAAAAUUAAAAUAAGCUAGAUGAAAUUGAUAAUAACAAUUAAUCUUACCGCUCUCCAAAAAAUGUUGAAAAUUUGAUUUAAACAAAACAAGCAGCUAUAGCUCUGAUGCUAAAUGAUAAAAUAACAAAGAGAUAACCUUCUCCUAUGAACAAAAAUUCAGUUUUACCAUCUCCUAAAAAUAAAAACUCUGUAUUACCAUCUCCUCGAAAUUAACAAAAAAAUAUUAAUGGAAUUAAUAAAACAAAUUAAAAUUCAGUCGCAUCUUCUCCUAAAAAUAUAUAUAGCUCAGUCAGCCAAGGAUCAAAUAGAAAUAACUAAAUAUCACCGAGAAAUAGUUAAAUAUCACCUAGAAAUAACUUUUAAUCGCCAAAAAUUAGCUAAGUUUCACCAAAGAAUAAUUAGAAUCAUCUCAUCAAUAAUCAAAUUCCAAUUUCAGCUGCUCAAAAAUCACCUAAAAACUAACAAUUUUCUCCAAAAUAAUAACUCUAAGUUUCACCUAAAAACUUCUAACCAUACUCUCCUAAAAACUCACAAAAAAAAGAUUUUUCAUCACCAAAGGCAAUUUAUUCAACACCAAAGCACUAUUAAAAUUUAUCAGAAACCCCUCGAAGUGGUUUAAAUUAAGAUACUUAAUUUAAUGAAAUAUACAGACAAUUAAACGACACAAAAAUUUAGAAUAAAAUUAACAUGAUCAAAUCUUAGCUACAAACAAUAAAUAAAUAAAAUAAUUAGAUACUUUAAUAACAUGAAAACAUGUAACAAACUCUUUAGCAACCUUGCACAUCUGCAAACUCCUUUAAUUCUUUGCUAAAUCAACCUAACUAAUACGACUAAAAUAAAUAUUAAACUCCUCAGCAAUUUUACUACCCUCAAAGUGGGAUAUUUAAUAAUUCGGGCAAUACAGUUACUACCACCACAGUUACCACAAUACAUACUUAUAAUAAAAAUUCUCCUUAAAAAUCUGCUAGUAAACCUCCUCUUUAUUCUCCAAAAAAUUCUAAAUAUAGUGAUUUAGAAUUAGCUCCUCUUCCUACUUAUGUUUAAAGCAAUAUUUCAAAUACUCCAGUAAAUAUUGACACUUAAAAAUUUUAACCAAUAGCACCUUAAAAAAUUCCUUUUACUCUUGAGCCUAGCUAAGAAUAAAUUUUUGUAAAUACUCCUUAAAGUAGAAAAUCAUAAGUUGAUGCAGAUUAUGAACAAAGAAAGCGCUAAUCGAACAAAAUUAAUACUUUAUUCUAGAAUCAAACUGCAAAUAAUUCACCUGCUAGAAAUCACUAAGAUUCAGCUACUUUCGAUAUAAAAUUCCCAUAACAUGAUAAUAUAAUAGAUGAUUAAAAUAUCCAUAAGCCUCUGUCAGAUUAUUUUGUUGCUAGAAAGGCUCAUAUAGCAAAAAGACUAGAAGAUAAUAAAGAACAAUCAAAAGAAAGAUCAAAAUUAAAAAGUUUAACACCAACUCAUUCUAAAGAAAGAUCAAAAGCUAAUAUUUUAGAAAAAAGAAAAUAAGUUCAAUAGUAAUUUAGCAAAUAAAAUUCUAGUAAUAUAAUGAAUAUUUCAGAAACUCACAGUUACUUUUUUGAUACAAAUAAUAAUAUGCAGUAACAACAAGUUUAGCACAAAAAUUCAUCAAGUAAAAAUCAAUCUCGCUCUAUUUCUCCUUUUACAUCUAAAAAAAAUAAUUCAAGUUCAAGAUCAAAUUUAAAUAUAAAUGAUGCUUCUUUUGUUAGCUAAAUAAGCCAGAAAAAUACAGGGCUAAGUAAGACGCCAAGUAGUAAUAGUCUUUUGGAUAGACUGGUCAAGGGAGAAAAAGUUAAAAUGUCAGAAAAAGAAAUGAGAGAAUAAAGCAAAAGGAGAUACUAAAAUUUGCCUGAUGUCAAAAAGCAAAAGGAAGAAUAAAUAAAAAAUGCAUCAAAGUUAGAAGAGUAUAAAAAAAGGCAUGAAAAGAUGAGACAGUUAGAUGAAGUUUGGAGAUAAAAAAAUAGAAGUUUUUUAUAAAAUUGA